UGUCCGUGUGGUCUUCGUAAAGUUCUUGAAAGCACAUGACACUUUUAUGAGGAGUCUUCCGCUUUCGUUACUUCUUUUGCAACGUAUUUUAAGGCCUCAGAACUCCGUUUACCUGGUUAAGAACUCUUUCUCUGUGUGUGUGUCAAAUUCGUUGUUUAAAAGUGUAGCAGUCUCCACAAUGAAGGAAAAGAAACCUUUUGAACGACUUCCAACGAGCGUGCUUCCAAAGAACUACAAACUGACAUUAACACCCAAUCUCACUGAAUUUACUUUCGCUGGGGAAGAAGUUAUCGAUGUGGAGGUUCAACAGACUACAGACAAAGUGACUAUGAACUGUUUGGACAUCGUUGUUAAGUCUGCUAAUUUCUCAGCUGGUGGAUCAACUGUCGACUCUUCUGAAAUCACCUACAGUAAGGAGGAUGAAACAACUACAAUCAGCUUCCCCUCGUCUCUCCCCUUGGGAAAUGGUCAGCUAUUCUUGGACUUCACAGGAGAAUUAAAUGAUAAAAUGAAAGGAUUUUACAGAAGUAAAUAUACUGGAACAGAUGGAAGUGAGAAGUAUUGUGCAGUCACUCAAUUUGAGCCAACAGAUGCCCGACGAGCUUUUCCUUGUUGGGAUGAACCAGCUCACAAAGCCACUUUUGACAUCACUUUGGUAGUGCCAAAAGACAGGGUUGCUCUAUCCAACAUGAAUGUUGUGGAAGAAAAAGAUGCAGAAGAUGCCUCUCUUAAAGUGGUGACAUAUGCCAGAACACCAGUCAUGUCUACAUACCUUGUGGCUUUUGUUGUUGGCGAGUUUGAUUACGUGGAAGGAAAAGAUUCUGAUGGUGUUUUAAUCAGAGUUUAUACUCCAAAGGGAAAAACCAUUCAGGGACAGUUUGCUUUAGAGGUUGCCCAAAAGACACUACCAUUUUAUAAAGAGUACUUUGAAAUCAGCUACCCUUUGCCCAAAAUGGACCUGAUUGCCAUUCCUGAUUUUGCAGCAGGAGCUAUGGAAAACUGGGGUCUGGUGACUUACAGGGAAACAGCUCUUCUUGUUGAUCCAGAAAACUCAUCAUCUGCUGCCAAACAGUGGGUUGGACUAGUUGUUGGUCAUGAAAUAGCUCAUCAGUGGUUUGGAAAUCUGAUAACCAUGGAAUGGUGGACACAUUUAUGGCUCAAUGAGGGAUUUGCAUCAUGGAUUGAAUACUUGUGUGUGGAUCACUGUUUUCCUGAAUGGGACAUCUGGACACAGUUUGUUACAUCUGAAUUCUCACGAGCUAUGGAACUGGAUGCUCUUGCCAACAGUCACCCAAUUGAGGUCCCUGUGGGUCAUCCAGGUGAGAUCGAUGAGAUAUUUGAUGCCAUUUCAUACAGCAAAGGAGCUGCUGUCAUUAGGAUGCUGCAUGACUAUGUAGGAGAAAAGGCUUUCAGAGAAGGACUUGCCUAUCAUCUGGACAAAUUUAAGUACAGCAAUGCCUCAACUGAGGACCUCUGGGCCAGUCUGUCUCGCGCCAGUUCGAAGCCUGUAGCUGAUGUCAUGGAAACAUGGACCAAACAAAUGGGAUAUCCUGUGUUGUCUGUUACCGCUGAACAGAAAGGAGAUUCAAGAGAGGUUACUAUCACUCAGGACAAGUUCUUUGCCGAUGGAGUUAGUCAAGGGUCUUACCACUGGCAAGUACCUGUAAGCAUAUCAUCCAGUGCAAACCCUCGUGAAAGUGUAGCAAGUACUCUGUUGGAUCAGAAGUCCUGUACUCUGACAGUCAGUGGUGUCAAGUCAGAUGAAUGGGUCAAGUUAAAUCCAGGCCAAGUUGGUUUCUACCGAGUACAGUACUCGUCCGACAUGUUGGAACUUCUCCUGCCGGCCAUAAAGGACAACAGUCUUCCACCAAGGGACAGAUUAGGACUGGAGAAUGAUCUGUUUGCGUUGUGUCGUGCUGGCCUUGUGCCCGGACCUGAUGUACUGAAAGUGGUCGAGGCAUUUAGCAACGAGACAAAUUACACUGUAUGGAAUGACUUGAUUUCCAACUUGAGCCAUGUCGGAGCAAUUCUCCAGUACUCAGACUGUUACCCUAGCUUCCAGGCGUUUUGUACCAAACUUUAUGAACCAAUCGGCACCAAACUUGGUUGGAAUCCAAUCGAAGGAGAGAGUCACCUUGAUGCCCUCCUCAGAGGUUUGAUUAUUGGACGUUUGGGUAAAUACGGUCACCCAGCCACUGUCGCCGAGGCGCAGAAGAGAUUUGAAGCACACUGCAAAGGUGAAUCCACCAUCCCAGCGGAUUUAAGAUCAGCGGUGUACAGCACAGUUCUUAAGCAUGGUGAUGGUAACACCCUAGAGUCUGUGAUGCAACUUUUGAAAGAAGCCGAUUUGCACGAAGAGAAAGUCCGAUUGAUGAGAUGCAUGGGAGCUGUAUCACAACCUGAUCUGAUCAAGAAAGUGUGCGACUUCUCCUUGUCGGAUCAAGUUCGGUCUCAAGACACAGUGUUUGUGAUUGCUGGCAUCUGUGGAAGUGUGAAAGGGCGUGAAAUGGCCUGGAAAUUUGUGCAAGAGAACUGGGACGAGCUGUACAAUCGCUACGAAGGAGGUUUCCUGCUUUCUCGCCUGAUCAAGUGCACUACAGAUAUGUUUGUCACUGAAGAGGCCGCCAAAGAAGUCGAGGAAUUCUUCGCCAACCGUUCAGUGCCAGCUGCAGAGAGGACCAUUCAACAGUCCUUGGAGAACAUACGACUCAACUGCGCAUGGCUUGGGCGCGAAUCAGAGAAGAUCAGCGCAUGGCUCAAGGAAAAAGGAUACUAGAUGCACGUGACCCGCGUCAAACAAACCGAUGUUCAUUCUUAGUACAGACUUUUAGUAGAAAGAGAAUCAGUUCAAAUUACGCGACGAAAAGUCCUCGCCCAGGAUGAUUACUUUGUGCUAAAAAGCCUGCAUACAGAUGUGUCCUCUCCUUUUUCUUUUGUCACACGCAGAGAGACAGCGGUCAUUUGUCAUCUGGGAGGGGUCGGAGGAAUUUUAGUCAUGUCACGAUAGAAUUAGGCUGAUUCUCACCCCGUUCCCCCUUUUGGGGGGGGGGGGGAGUUAUGUUAACCCCACCCCCUUAAAAAAAAAAAAGGAAAAAAAUCCUUCGAACCAUUAUGUAUCCCUAAGCGAUAGAACUGAAGAGAAGAGAAGCUCUGCACACUUGCUUGAGUGAAUUUUAGACGUUAAGCCUAUAAUUAAAUUCAAACUUUCCCGCGA